AUGUUGAAAGGCAUAGCCAAAAUAAUAACCAGAAAACUGAAGAAAUAUUGUUUAUUGCUCUCUGUCUAUUUAAAUUCCUUAUUUGUCCGUUUCCGGUUCCACGCUCUAAAGCCUAAGCAUUUCCCGAUGGCGCCCAUCGACCCUCACUCGUUUACUGACUCGACUCACCCACUCGCCACCCAUAUUUCCCUCUCCUUCUUCUUCGACUUCCCCUCCUCCACCAUCCACGCCUCCGCCCUCCUCACGCUCCCCGCCUCGUACUCCGGCCCACUCUCCCUCGACAUCCGUGCCCUCACCGUCCACUCCGUCAUCGACCCCCAUAAGCCCUCCCGUCCUCUCUCUUACGUCAUCUCCCAUCCUGACCCAAUCAAAGGCUGCCACCUCACCUUCACCCUCUCCAACGCAGCCUCCGUCUUAAUACUGUACUCCACCUCCCCCUCCUCCUCCGCCCUCCAGUGGCUCUCCCUUCCCCAGACCUUUAACAAGACGCUGCCGUUUGUCUACACCCAAUGCCACGCCAUCCACGCGCGCUCCGUGUUCCCCUGCCAGGACACUCCCGCUGCGCGUGUGCGCUACGCGGCCAAGCUCAACGUCCCCCGCCAGCUCUCCGCCGUCAUGUCCGCGCGUCACGUCUCUCGCCGCGACCCGAUCGCCGGCGAGGGGUCGGCGCUGGUCUCCGGCGACGCCUUGUGGUGCUCUGAGAACAGGGUCGUUGAGGAGUUCGUCAUGGAGCAGCCAAUCCCGCCGUACCUGUUCGCGUUCGCCGUCGGUGAGCUGGGGUUCCGGGAGGUGGGCCCUAGGACUAGGAUUUACUCUGAGGCGGUGCCGGCGGUGCUUGAAUCGGCGGCGACGGAGUUCGCGAGCACCGAGGACAUGAUCAGGCAAGGGGAGGCCUUGUUUGGGCCGUACGUGUGGGAAAGGUUCGAUCUUUUGGUGCUGCCCCCGAGCUUCCCGUACGCUGGAAUGGAGAAUCCGAGAAUGACGUUCGUGUCGCCGACGGUGCUCAAAGGCGACGCCAGCGGCGCGCAGUUGGUGGCGCACGAGCUGGCUCAUAGCUGGACUGGGAACUUGAUCACCAACAAAACUAAUGAGCAUUUUUGGCUGAAUGAGGGUUUCACGACAUAUGCUGAUAGGAGAAUUGUUGAGGCUGUGCAAGGCGAGGACAGAGCUGCAUUGAAGAUUGGAAUCGGCUGGCGGGGUUUGCACAAGGAAAUGGAGAGGUUCAAGGAUAGCUUGGAGGUCACAAAGCUGAAAACCAACCAGGAAGGAGUUGAUCCAGAUGAUGUGUAUUCUAGAGUUCCAUAUGAAAAGGGUUUCCAGUUUCUAUGGCGCAUCGAACGUCAGGUUGGAAGGCCUGCGUUUGAUGAGUUUCUGAAGAAAUACAUUGCCACCUUCAAGUUCCAGUCAAUUGAUACCGAUACAUUUCUCGAGUUUCUGAAGGCAAACCUACCUGGAAUAGAGAAAGAGGUUGACUUAGUGUUGUGGACUGAGGGCACUGGUAUCCCUCCUGAUGCGUAUGAACCGGUUUCUAACAUAUAUGCAAAGAUUGUGUCCAUGGCAAAUGAAUUUAAGCUUGGUAAGUUGCCGGGUGAGGAUGAAGUUGCUGACUGGAGAGGGCAGGAGUGGGAACUCUACUUGGAGAACCUCCCCAAGCCUGUUGAACCUUCACAGAUUGUAGAGUUGAACUCGCGCUUCAGGCUGGCAGAAUCGAAAGAUUAUGACGUGAAGGUGACAUUUCUUCUGCUGGCCAUUGCUUCCAAGUGCAAAGACUACUUGGGCGAGGUGGAGAGAACUUUGAAGGAAGUUGGGAGGAAGACGUACCUUGUCCUCCUCUACAGGGCUCUUGUGGAAGGCAAUGGAAAUGAAGAAGAGAAGAUUCUGGCCAAGCAGGUGUUUGCAGCCGCUCGCGAGACUUACCACCCUAUAGCUCAAGGCGGUAUCGAGACAAUUUUAAACAAGCACUGCUGAAAUUGUGUGUGAGAAUGUAGAGUACACGAACCGCAAUCUGGAAGCCAAUCCUUGACUUCGUUGUUGGCUACGUCCUAAUCUCUGAGAUCUGUAGGCUGUGCAUCUUUGUUGAUGCUUCUGCUGAUGUGAAUGAUCUCGUAAAUAAAAUGUAGCUGACUUUUGUA